AUGUCCUUUCGUGCCGACGACCAGCGCCGUUAUGGCUCCGUCCCUCCUGUGCAGUAUGCCGUGGCCGGCCAGCAGCAAGAUCAACACGGCGCUCAACAGGCCUCCAAUGCACCCGGCCUAGGCCGAAGACCGAGUUUCAACACGGGUGACGACGCUGGCUACUACGUUCAGGGUCACGGACGCUCUUCUUCCUUCGGUCGUGGCGGCGAGGACGAGCUGUUCUUGACGGGUGUUGGCCGCGGCAAUUCCCACAUCAGUCGCUGUCCUUCCGCCAGCGGUGCCAUGGCUGGCUAUCAGCACCGAUAUCAAGAUGCCACUCCUCCGAACCCCUCACCGUCUGGCUACAAUCCUCAGAACUUUGCGCCGCCUUCAAAUUCCGCCUACCAGAGAUCGCCAGUCUCUACGCUUCCAUACCAUCCUACGCAGCGGUUCUCGACCUCCAGCGCCGGGUCAUAUAACACUCCAUCUCCGCCAGCCACAAACUACACGCCACAAGCCUACAACCCUGCCGCAUAUGCCGCCGCAAACUCCAAUCCUCAAAGGCAAGCCAGUCAUCAUGGAUAUGGAUAUGCCGCACAUGAUCAGAGCUAUGUGACAGCCGCUGGAACAGCGGGCUCGCCUUCGUACGGGCACUCUCCCAGUGCGUCGCACACGUCGACGUUUUCACAGCCUGCACGCUCCCCUUCCUUUUCAUCCGGCUUCCUCCCGACCAGUCCUUCAUCCUUCACUGGUUCCAACCCCGUGAGUCAGACGCCCACCUACGACCCGUCCACCUACCUCUCGUCGACGCAUUACUAUUCUUACGGCUCCAAUGGUGUUGCUCCCUAUCCGACGUCAACAAAUCAAACUCAGCUUCCUUAUCCCAACUCAUCUCACAUACCGGUGGGCCCAAACUACACGGCUAGCAAUGAAGACAAUCCAUACUACAACCGUCAUCGCUCAGACUCCCAAACUUCUCCCAGGACUUCCCCUUAUAUGCAGCCUCAGUCAUCGCCUGGACUCCAGCGGCAUCCCACCAAUGCACCACUUCCAAGCCGGCCAAUGGAAGACGUUCCCGAAGAGAUAACCCCAUGGGACGAACGUGGACGGCCCCUGCCCCAUGACGAGUUGGACGAUGAAAUAGUCGCCCAAGAGACCAUUAUUCAUGACAUCGAGGCGGAGCUUGGAGGAUCUGGGUAUCGCUCCCAACACAGGCGGUCACCAAUUGGCAGCCAAGUAUUCGACGGCUCGGCGUCAGCCCAUUCCCCGGCAAGCCGAACUUCUCCCGGCCGGGGCUCAAUUCAACCUAGGUUUGACGACGACGACGACGAUCCAGAGGGGACAGCCGGUGUGCUAGCAAUGCAACAGGCGGAGCUCGAUGACCAGCGAUUCGGUGGCGGCACAUUCAUGUAUAGCGGCUCUGGUCUUGCCCCAGCUGCUCCACUCCCCGUUACAAUGUCUGCUCCCGCGACGACUACCCAAUCCAAUCUUCCGACCACUCCCCCAGAGGAACUGAGCCAAGGUAGUGAUAGCGACUUUGGCGGCAUGGAUCUUGGCAUGUUGAGUGGGGGGUAUGCAGGGACCUUGGCGUACGGUGCGGACAUUGGCUCCCCACCUGGAUCCUCCUCGAUACAAGAUGGACCAAGGCCGUUGCCAACACCCGGCUACUACAAUUCUCUGAAGGAGAAUCACGACCACGGGGCUGCUUUCAACAAUGCCGAGGUGGACUAUGGAGGUACAGGCGGGCUACAAGCCCCUGAAGCUCACCGACUUAGCUUUGACGAGGGUCGAGAAGAGUGUGUCUCCCUCCAUUCCCAGCAUAGUGGGACCGAAUCGCCCGCCAAGGACGAUUACCAAGAUCUUUUCUACCACCCUGGCCUCUCGAACCGCCCGCUUCCUGCUCUACCCCCUGGUCCCGGUUCUGACAGCAGUUCCAUGUUCUCUGUUCACAAUAGUGUCCGGUCACAACACCAGCAUGCUCAUUCGUUAAAUGCUGAUGCGAGAUACUAUCAGGGCGACGGCCCCGAAACCCUUCACCAACAAGGAGGGCAGCAGGGCCUGCACCCGGAACGUUCAGUAUCGCUUGGUGGCCAUAGCCACACACCGCAAAUCCAGGCUCCCGCGAGGUCGAGAACGGAUGCUGCUGAAGAACGAAAGAAGAUCAACCGCCAUCACCAGAUCACACAUCAAGGCCCAUCUUUCGACUAUGAUGCGGCAUCUGCGGCAGCGUCGGGCGCUUUCGAUAGCAUCACUCUGCCCAGCGGACGAAAGAAGAGACUGGUGCCAUCGAAGCUCACGGCAAGCGAUUUCGAUGACUGUGGAUCGCCGUGGGCGUUAAGCCAUAUCGAGGCUUGGAUUCGCAACAUGGGCCAGGGCGAACCAGACCUAAAGGAGAAAGCUAUCGAAGAGGCCAUAACGAACCUUUUUGUGUACAAGAUACCCACCAUGAAUGUCGCGGACGCUGAAGCUUUGAGCAGUCAAGUAGUGUCAGGCAUGCUUGAUUCUCAGGUUCUUCUACCAGAUGAAGAAUGGGUCAAAUUUGGAGACGGCCACAUUUCGGGUGUGCUAUGGCAGUUGACCGGAUCGGGCUGCUAUGCACCCAGGCUUCACGAUGUCGACAUCGGUGGCCGUUGUUAUUCUCAUUAUUGUACUCGAACUCUGAAGAAGGUCGAUUUGGAAGUCUUCUCAGAGGAAGUGCAAGGUGCUGAUGCGUGGCAUGUCUUCUACAAACUGACGAAGGAAGUUGUUGAGUCAAGACCAAAGAAGGAAGUUGAACGCCAAAAUAUCCUUCACGAAAUUGUCACGGGCGAGGAAAAUUACAUCAAGCAACUGGACAUUUUUCGAAGGUUGUACAGAGAUGACCUUGGAACACGGGAUCCGCCAAUCAUUCAUCCUGACAAGCGAGAUAAGUUCUUGACCGCAGUGUUUGGAAUGCUCGAUACCGUCGUCAGUAUCAACAAGGAUCAUCUCCUGGCACAGCUCAAAUAUCGUCAGCAGGAACAGGGUCCAUGGAUCGUAGGCUUUAGCGAUCUUUUCCGUGAAUGGAUCCGGAAGGCCAAAUCCGUCUAUACCGAGUAUGCCAUCGGCUAUCCACGAGCCGCAUACAUGGUCAGAAAAGAAGCCGAUCGAAAUUUGCUCUUCAAGCGAUUUCUCGAAGAUAAGCAGAAGGAUAAGCUGUCCGCCAAGCAAGAUUGGACUCAUUUCUUGAUCACACCUGUACAACGUCUUCAGCGGUACAUCCUGUUGCUACAGAGUGUCGAACACAAAACGGUCGGGGACAGUGAAGAAAAGACAAUCCUGCAAAAGGCGAUCCAGGAGAUUCAAACCGUCACCCUCGAAUGCGACGCCAAGGUGGCAGAAACCAACAAGAGAGUUCAAAUGAUGGAAUUGGAUCGAAUGCUGGUUCUCAGACCGGGGUUCCAGUCUGUUCUGAAUCUAGACCACCUAGGCAGAGUUCUCAUCAUGCAAGGCGAGCUCCAAAGGAUGGGUUCAAAAGGCAUGCGAUGGGUCGACUCCCAUGCCCUUUUGUUUGACCACUAUUUGAUUCUAGCCAAGGUCGUUGUGCCCAAGGACGGUAGAGGGGAAAGAAAAUACGAUGUCUCGAGAGAGCCCAUUCCAAUGCCCCUCCUAUUCCUUGAGAGCAUGAACGAUGAGCCAGUCAUGAAGCAAAAAGGCCUUACGGCGCCUCUCGGCAGAACCACUGCGGCGCCAGUGGGUGCUCAACCGAACAAGGUAGGCAGCAAUGGUGCUGGCCGACCGGGGUUGGAACAUGCAUCUACAGGAUCAUCGGGAAACCAGUUGGUACCAACGGCGUCAAACGACGCAGAAGGCAAGAUCUUAUAUCCCUUCAAGGUCAAGCACCUUGGCCAUGAAGUGUACACACUCUACGCGUCCUCUGCCCGGGACAGACUUGACUGGUGCAAUAGCAUCAUCGACGCCAAAACAAGGCAUGCCAAGGCUCUGUAUGCUCAAAAUGCCGAGCCGUUCAGGCUUCGCGUUCUAGCAGACGCUGCCUUCCACUACGACGCCAAUUCCGUGUACGCACGAGCGUCGGGUGUUCCCGUCAAAGGUACCCCCCUCGACAGAGCCAUCCAGGACUUGGAAAAGGUCUUGGGCUCGGCGCAGGGCAUUGCGGCAGUAUGUCGUGCACAGGUGAACUGUGCCACGGGUUUCUCGGCCUUCGGAAGGCAAGUCAUUGCCAUCGGCACAGAUUACGGCGUAUUCACAUCUGAUCCUCUCAAUCCUCGCGGUUGGGUUCGGUCUAUACAAAUUACUCGGGUUACCCAAAUCGCCGUGCUAGAGGAGUUCUCGGUUUUUCUCGUUAUUGCGGACAAGUCACUCAUUUCUUACCCCCUAGACGUUCUAGUUCCGGUAUCAGAGUUUUCCGCACCCGUCAACGACAGUAGCCGACGUGCACCCCAAAGACUUGCAAAGGACGUGACGUAUUUUGCCACGGCACGUUUGAAAGAGCGACUAUUGGUCUUUUACAAGCGGAAAGAAGGCCUUAACACAUUUUUCAAGGUUCUAGAGCCCAUCUUCCACAAGGCAACUGAGAAGAAGUCUCGGUUUUACGGGGGGCGCAAGUCGGCCGUGGGCAGCACCGACACCUAUCGUGAUUUUGACGAGUUUUACUUGCCAGCAGAAUGCUUUUCACUCAACAUCUUUCAUAAUAGUUUUGCCGUGGCGACGUCCAAGGGUGUCGAAAUUCUUUCGCUGGACCAGAAAAGGCCAAUGUCGAUCCCCAACUUGAACGCUCCGGCAAUUGCCAACAUCGCAGGCCGUAUUCGCGACCAGCGACCACUCGGCGUGUUUCGUCUGAGUAGCAAGAACGAGUUCAUUGUUACGUAUGAGGACUGCGCGGUUUACGUGGAUGAGGUGGGUAACGUCAGUCGCACUCUGAUCAUGGAGUACACUGGCAAACAAAAGAAGGCUAGGGGGGCGACAAAAUUUCAGGAUUAUCUGUUACUUUUCAACGAAGACUAUGUGGAGGUACGCAAUGCAGAGAAUGGACGGCUUCGACAGAUCAUUGCCGGGCGGGACGUGCGAGUAAUCGACCUUGGCGUGGACCCCUCGGAUGCCAGCAAAGCAGCUUCAUCACAGCAGGCGUUCGGGCCCAACGGACAGUCGCCACAGGCUGGUCAUAACUCCAAGGUCACGGUCAAGGUUGCAAUGUGCCAUCCAGAGCUGCCCGGCCGACAGAUUGUCCUGGAAAUGCUUCUCAAUGACGGCCACUCGGAGAGCUGA